AUGAGGACGAGCGACGAUCGACAGGUUGGUGGAGCGGCACGUGGAGUGGAUGGCUGCCGUGAGAGAGUGGAGGAGAAGGCUGCAGCAAGCGGAGGACGAAGAGGCCGCGUUGUGGACACCGGCACCUCCGCCGGCAGCGCCCUCGCAGCCGCCGUUGCCACCCACAUCGCCACCGAGGACCCCGCCACCACCACCGCCGCCACCAAGGACACCGACGCCACCACCACCGCCGCCACCAAGGACACCGACGCCACCACCACCGCCGCCGAAGAGGACGCCGCCGCCAAGGACGCCCACGCCGCCGAGGAGGCCGACGCCACCGUCGCAGCCACCGCUGCCGCUCGAGUCGCCGCCGAGGACGCCGCCGCCACGUCCACGGCUGCAGAGGCAGUCAUCGUGCCCGGUGGCAGCACCGCCAAGACGCCCGAUCCUGAUGCGGGGAUUCUCCCAGGAGGCAACCUGGGCAGAGGUCCCCGAGGACACGUGGCCGGACACGGUGCGCGCAGGCGGAGCGGCAGCGCCGUCGAGGGAGGACCCAGCGGUGGGCGAGAUUGA